UCCAUCCCUCAGUUCCCCAACUGCUUCAACCCUUCAGUCUCUUCCGCAACAGACAGGGAAUCUCUUUGCCUUUUUGUAGGUCAAAGGUGGCCAGGUGUCUUUAGGAUAUUUUCCAGCUCAGGAUAUUCAGCCAUCUACCAACCAACAAGCACAAUACUAAAAACAGUUCCAACAAGCGUAGGUGUUUCCUUCAGGACGUGACAGAUAACCGUGCUUCCCUGUGCCUCUAACCUCCUGCCGAACUGUCCAGGAUGUGGCCAGUGCUGUUUGGUGUGUUCACUGCUUUGGUGGUGGCCUGGGUGACCGUCUACAUUCGAAAUUAUUCCAAGAGAAAGAGGGUCUUUUCCCAGGAGUGCCUGCGACCACCGGGGCCAUUGGUGACCGACAAGAAGCAGAGAGAUGAGGUGCUGAAGAAAGGUUUCAGAGUGGACCGUGUCCCGGAGAACCUUGACGCUAUAGUGAUUGGCAGCGGUAUCGGGGGGCUGACAGCAGCAGCGGUUCUAGCCAAAGCAGGGAAGAGGGUUGUGGUUCUAGAGCAGCAUGACCAGGCUGGAGGGUGCACUCACAGCUUUGAGAACCAGGGCUUUGAGUUUGACGUAGGGAUCCACUACCUGGGCCAGCUCCAUGAGAACAGCAUGUUUCGUGUGGCCCUGGACCAGAUCAGUGAGGGCCAGAUCCAGUUCAACAGGUUGGAGCAGCACUUUGACACACUGAUCCUAGGUCAGGGUGAAGACCGCAGGGACUACCACAUCCUCUCUGGGAAGACAGAGAUGGCUGAGAGCCUGAAGAGGCAGUUUCCUGAUGAUGUGGAGGCCUUGAAUGAAUAUUUCAAGUAUAUGAAGAAGGCAGCUCGUCGUAUCAAUCUCCUGGCCGGCCUCAAGAUGAUGCCCAUGUGGCUGGUACACUUCCUGGCUCGGACUGGCCUAUUAGAGCGCAUCUCCUCAGUGUUCCGCAUGGCCAUCACCAAACACACAGAGAAGAUGGCCACUCUGACCAAGAACAAAGACCUUCACGCUCUCUCCGCAUACCUCUUCUAUGGUGUUCCCCCUAAGGAAUCCAGUUUCCUAAUGAAUACUCUACUGCUGCAGCACUAUAAGAGGGGAGCCUACUACCCCAUUGGAGGGGCCAGUGAGAUCGCCUUCCACAUAAUCCCAGUCAUCCGGAAGGCAGGUGGCGCUGUGCUGGUCAGAGCCCCUGUACAGAGGGUCCUUCUGAAUGAGGAGGGCUCAGCGUAUGGUGUGACGGUGAGGAAAGGUCAGGAGGAGGUGAAGGUGUUGGCUCCAGUGGUCAUCUCCAACGCUGGCAUCUUCAACACCUUUGAGAAGUUCCUGCCCCCAGAGAUACAGGCCAAGCCGGACAUCCAGGCCCUGCUGGGGAGGAUGCAGCAUGGAAUGGGCAACUUCCUGGUGUUUGUGGGUCUGGACGGCACGAAGGAGGAGCUGGGCAUCACCUCUAUGAACUACUGGAUGUACAAAGAAAACGACCUGGACACACUGAUGGAGCGCUACAGCUCUCUGAGCCGAGAGGAGGUGGUGGGGAACAUCCCCAUGAUGUUCAUUCAUUCCCCCUCUGCCAAAGACCCCACUUCCAGUACCCGCCGUCCAGGGAAGACCUGUAUGACUCUGUUGACCAUGGCCAAGUUUGAGUGGUUUGAGGACUGGAAAGAUACCAAGAUAAACAAGAGAGGGCCCGAUUACGAAGACCUGAAGAUGAGCAUGGCCAAGGAGCUCCUAGACUGGGCACUGGUUGUCUUGCCUCAGCUCAGGGAUAAGGUGGUGUAUAUGGAGGCUUCCACUCCCCUGACCAACAUGCACUACUUGGGCGCCCCGCGUGGAGAGAUGUAUGGGGCUGAACACAACCUGGACCGCUUCAGCCCGGAGACGGUGGCCAGAACCCGGCCCCCCACCCCCGUCAAGGGACUCUACCUCACCGGCCAGGACGUGUUCUGUAACGGGAUGGCCGGUGCUCUGCAUGGAGGAAUCCUGUGUGCCUCGACAGUUCUGGACCGUAUUCUCUACAUGGACCUCCUAGCGCUGAAGAAACAGCUCAAAAAGCAGACUCGUGAAAAGGCUCGUAACAAGGCCUGAGAAACUAUUUGGACACAGCACUGACCACAGUCAAAAUCAUUACAUAAACCAAUACCGUGUAGGCUACUGCAUACAGUAUGUCACAUUCCUUCACCCUGUCUAUCACCCUGUCUAUGACCCUGUCUAUCACCCUAUCUAUGACCCUGUCUAUCACCCUGUCCAUGACCCUGUCUAUCACCCUAUCUAUGACCCUGUCUAUCACCCUAUCAAUGACCCUGUCUAUCACCCUAUCUAUGACCCUGUCCUAUCACCCUAUCUAUGACCCUGUCCUAUCACCCUAUCUAUGACCCUGUCCUAUCACCCUGUCUAUCACCCUGUCUAUCACCCUGUCUAUCAGUUUCAUGUAAUAGUACCAUGUUGUCUUAUAUUGAAUGAAAAUACGGUGUCUUUCUUUCUUACCUGUUAUGGUUACACAUUGCCAUCUCUUUAGCUUUGUUUAAUGAUGUUCGGAAAAAAAGAGACAUCACUGGAUUCCUCACAGUCGUAAAUGAUUGCUACUCUUUAGUCAGAUCGCAGGCAGAAACAUGGGUGUGUUUUAUGUUUAGUUUCCAUUGAAGUGCUUCUGUGGGAUAGACAAACUCAUUACUCAUUAACUCAUCA